AUAAAGUGGAGGCAGACGACUGCCUCUCGCCACACAAACCAUGGAAGGACUUUACUUUGAAGUGAAGCCCAGAAAAGAUGAAUCGCACAGGCCAGGGAGCUCUGAGAAACCCCGCAUUAAUCUAACUUCAAACCAGCAGUCGUGUCCUUCAUUUCCACAUCUCACAUCUUCCACACAGUCUCCUCAGAAACUCACCCGUGCUAGGGAGAGGACUGCAACAUGCAUAGGGAAGGUGGAGGGAGAGGAGGAGGAGGAGGAGGUACGAUACAAACUGACAUUGAUUGGUUCUCUGCCGGUCCACCACCUCACCACCAUGGCCAUGCUGCCCUGGGUGGUGGCUGAGAUCAGCAGAUCUCGGCCUGCAGAGAAGGAUCCAGCCACAGGGUUGCAGUCUGCAGGGCCUGCAGCUGGAGAGUUGAGCCCUUCCACCUCGAAUCAGAUGGUUUUUCUAUGUGUGUCGGCAUCAUGGGUGCGAUGUGUAUCCGUUCUGGGAGAGGGAGUUGUCUGGGACCCUCUAACACAUACAGUGCUGUUUGAAUGUCGUCCUCACCAGGUGACUAAGCUAAUUCACAACAGCCAAGAACCCAACAGCUUUGGCUGCCUGGUCAGAAAGACACCAGACUGUGCCUGCUAUGUCUUCCAGUGCCAGGACAGCACCAAGGUCCCUGAGAUCAUCAGUACGUUGAGGCAGGCUGGCAAGAGCUCUGCACGCAACAAUGAUAUCACCACCAUUUCCAACAAAACUUCCACCGGAGGCAGUGACCCCUCUGAACCAUGUUUUUCUUAUCUCUCCGCAACGACAACUUCAGCGGCCCCCAUCAUUGCUGUGUCUCCGACAGCUUUUGCCAAAAAGUUUGAGGUGCUGUUUUGCGGCCGCGUGAGUGUUGCUCACAAGAAAGCCCCACCCGCCCUCAUUGAUGAGUGCAUCGAGAAGUUUAGCCAGUUACAUGGCUCAGGGACGACCGAUAAAGGAGGAAAUGUUGGGGGAUUAGUGGGUGGGCUGAGGAGGGCAUUAACCUUCCAAUCCAAUGGACUGGGAAGUGGUGCUGUUGGUAAUGGUUCUGCAGGGAGCCCCACCACCGGGAAGCGCCCUGUCCUGUUCAAGCGAGACCCCAGCUUUCCCUGCCUGCAGGCCCUGGAUGAGAACGGACUCUCACCUGAGAUUUCUCACACCAACACUACUGAUGCACUUGCCCGCUCUGCUGAAGUACAGCCCACCAGCCUGCGGGAGAACAGGACCAUGCUGUUUACGGUUGGCAGGUCUCAGAUCUUCUUGGUUAGUCCAGACACUAAGAAGGUUGCCAUAGAGAAGAGUUUCAGAGAAAUCUCCUUCUGCUCACAGGGUAUUCGUCACGUGGAUCAUUUCGGCUUCAUCUGCAGAGAAACGGUGGAAGGAGGGAGCUGCCACUUUGUUUGCUAUGUCUUCCAGUGUACAGACGAAUCACUGGUGGACGAGAUCAUGCUGACUUUGAAGCAGGCGUUCUCUGUGGCAGCCCUGCAGCAGAAUGCAAAGACCCAGAGCCAGCAGUGUGACAGCUGCCCCAUGCAGCAGCUCCACAGGCUGUGUGAGCGGAUAGAAGGUCUACACCCAUCUAAAACCAAACUGGAGCUUCAGAGACACUUGGCCACUCUGGACAAUCAGGAGCAAGCAUCAGUCUUUGAAAACACUAUGAGGGCUCGUCCUAAGAGCGAUCAAGAAGAGAAUGAGUUGGUAAUGGCCUCACUGAGGAAUCUCUAUGAGGAGAGACAGAAGAGUCAUCAGCACACAUUACCUGGAGAUGGCAAACAGGUGUGUGAGGAGGCAGGUCCGGCCCCUGUGGAGGCGCAGCAGCAGAGUAGCAGCCGCCAGCGACUUGAGCAGUUCAAGAGUCGAGCCAAGCGCUCUCUCACUGAGUCCCUGGAGGGCAUCUGGAAGGGGAGCAGCAAGGCCAGAGCUCAGAGGGACAACAGUGAAGGAAGUGACAGCAGUUCUUCCAUCUGUACUGUCAACAGCAGUCAGGACCAGCCCUGCUUAGAUGACCCCUUGUCUGCCUCCUCUCAGCUACGACCCACCAGCCCACUCAGGUGCCACAACUCAACAGGAGACCUGAAGCGCCUUGACACCUCUCUACCCCUGUCCCCCUCCUCCUCCUCUUUACCUGGUGAUGUGCAGCCACAGGGCUUCCGUCGACGGGCCAGCACCUUCAGCCACCCUCCCACUCCCUCCUCAGGACUUGAGUACUCACCGGUGCACACGCUGAUUCACACUCCACAGGACCCCACUGCUGCUAACAAGCCCAAGCUCGUGCGGCACUACUCCGUCAGCACUGACACGCCACACCAGAGCAAUGAUGUAGCGGCUCUCUCUACACCAAGUGCAGCAUGUGGGGUUGGAGAAAGCCCUCUGCGCAGUCACCGCCACUCAUGGAGGCAGCAGAUCUUCCUACGGGUCGCUACACCUCAGAAGAACACAGACACCAAUGAGCGGGGGGAUCCCUGUCUAGAGGGGGGUCGAGUGUGCGUGGGCCAGGUGGGAGUUGGAGGAAGUGGAGACUCAUCCAUGAGGGUGGUGCCUGAGGAGAGGACAAAAAGGAGCAAAGAGGAGCUGAGGGAGCUGUGGAGGAAGGCCAUCCUGCAGCAAAUUCUGCUGCAGAGGAUGGAGAGGGAGAACCAGAAACUACAGGCCUCAGAGAGCGACCUGCAGAACAAGCGUUUGAAGCUGGACUACGAGGAAAUCACUCCAUGUCUGAAGGAGGUCACUUUGGUGUGGGAGAAGAUGCUGGGAACUCCCGGGAGAGCAAAGAUCAAAUUUGACAAAGAGACCAUACAUGCUGCUGUUGCACAAGGUGUCCCGAGACAGCAUCGAGGCGAGAUCUGGAAGUUUCUUUCUGAACAGUACCUACUCAGGCAGACGAUCCCCUCCCGACCUCCUGCCAAUCACACUCCAUACAAAGAGCUGCUGAAACAGCUCACCUCGCAACAACAUGCCAUCCUCAUCGACCUUGGUCGCACUUUUCCCACCCAUCCAUAUUUCCAAGCCCAGCUGGGGGCAGGACAGCUGUCUCUGUAUAACUUAUUGAAAGCCUACUCACUGCUGGACCCUGAGGUGGGCUACUGCCAGGGCCUGUCCUUCAUUGCGGGAGUCCUGCUGUUACACAUGGGGGAAGAGGAUGCCUUCAACAUGCUCAAAUUUCUGAUGUAUGACGUCGGGCUUCGUAAACAGUACAGGCCUGACAUGAUUAUCCUGCAGAUUCAGAUGUACCAGUUGUCACGGCUGCUCCAUGACUACCACAGGGAUCUUUACAGCCAUCUAGAGCAGCAGGAGAUCGGACCCAGCUUAUACGCCACCCCCUGGUUCCUCACCGCCUUUGCCUCACACUUCCCCCUCGGCUUCGUGGCCAGAGUCUUUGAUAUGUUGUUCCUGCAGGGGUCAGAGGUCAUCUUCAAGGUAGCCUUGAGCCUGCUGGGGAGCCACAAGCCUCUGAUCCUGCAGCACGAUAGCCUGGAGUCCAUCGUGGACUUCAUCAAGACCACCCUGCCCAACCUGGGCCUGGUUCAGAUGGAGAAAACCAUCAACCAGGUGUGUGAGAUGGAUGUGUCUAAGCAGCUCCAGGCCUAUGAAGUGGAGUACCACGUCCUGCAGGAUGAGCUGCUGGACACGCCCCCAACCCUCAACCAACACCAGCGAGCAGCACAGCUGGAAAGGACCAAUCAGAGCCUCCGACAGCAGAACCUUGACCUGCUUGAGGAGCUGCAGGUGUCCCAGGCUCGUGUGUGCAGCCUGGAGAGUCGAGUGGAGGUUUUGGGCCAGUCGGAGGGCCGACUGAGGGAGCAGGUUUCUGCACUGGAGGAGGAGAAGAAUCAGUUGCUGAGCACCGUCACACGCCUCCAGGACCUCCUCACCAGCCUCGGCAUACACAACUCCCCUGAUGGACACACGCUCUCCUCACCUACUGAAAGACAUGCAGCCUCAGCAGCAGCAAAGACAGAAGACAGAAAGGGGCUGGCGAACAGGACUGAGGACCCCCUUCUCCACAUGCUUGCUCUUCCAGAGGGUUCGUAACUACAGGCAAUAAAUUUCCAAACAGUAAGGUCAACCAGAGGAGGAGCCGGCUGUGGAAGACCCAGGAGGAGAGGGUCAAGGGAGACGUCAAGAUGACUCCCUACGUCGACCUUUGUCCUCUUCCCAGCUCCAGAAUGUUUUAAUAAAAAGAGGCGGGACAGAGGAAGUUGGAUGUAUAACAGGGAGGAGAAGAAUAGAAAUACAACAAAAAAUGGGGAUUAGGUUAAGAGAGAAAGAAAAAUAAAGGAUGGCACCCUUGAGUAUUAUCCCAAAACAUUUCACAUGCCCUCUUCCAACUCUCUAAUAAAUAUAAAUGAACAUGUGAUUUGACCAACAAUCCCCAAAGUUAGCAUGGUCUCACUGGGCCUGUGCUGUAAAAACAAAACAGUUACAUUUGCACCUGUAUUUGUAUGUUUGUGUCUUUGAAUGUCUGUGAGUGCUGUCACUCGUGUAUUUUAUGCUCCGACGAGAAGGUUUUUUUAACUGCGUCGCAUGCAAAGAGGCUAAAAUAGCCAAAGACUGUCCCUGUCAAUGUAAGACGAGCUCAAACAAAGACUCAGAUACUCAGAUAGUAUCCUGAAACAUGUUAUCGAUCACCCUCACACUCCACAGGAGUACAAAGAUGAAAUGCCUCCAAAGAAGCGUGACAGGAAAGUGAGAUGAAGGGACGGGUGAAGAAAUAAACUUCAUGACAAAGUGUUUUUCUGUUAAAAAGGUUGAAUAUGAUUUAAUUUAAAUGAUGUAAGAUCUUGGAUGGUGGUGCUCAUAUUCGGAGGUCAGAGUUGAACUAUUUUUUGUUUCCUCCUCCGCUUUUCUAGUCUUCCACAGUGUUUGCUUCCUGAUCCUGUAUUUUAACUUCAUUUAGUUACAGUAGCUUACAGGAAGAGUAACACAAUAAAUAGAGUCCAUUUCACAUCCUGUUUUUUUCACCUUUGAAUACACUUCAAUCUGUCUGUGUAGGAAGGGAAAUAGAAAAACAGUUUCAGCAGAAAAACUGUAAAACAGUAGCAUUGUUUUUCUCAUGAGAGGAACUACACCCUUUUUUUAGAGCCUGAUCAAUUACUUUAAAUUGCUGCAAAACAAACUUAUGUCUGAAAGUUCAAACAGGAGACCUCUGCUGUUGAGACAAUCUGUCAGCUACAAAUCAUUUACUGUAUUCAACACACUGAAUUCAUUCAACCCGAGCUGCAGAUUGGUGUGUUCCUAUGUGAAUGUCUAAAUGUGUCACUGUGUGUCUGUGUGUUUGUGCACUUCACUGAUCAACAAAUCUGUUGAUUUACACUGUAAAGAUACUUUGCUCUUAUUCCUGACUCUCAUUGCACAUGUUUUUGUUUUAUUGAUUAUUGCUAUUGUUGUAAUGUACUUUAAAAUACAUUUCAUAUCCUUUCAUCACAUCUGAAGCCAGUUUUCUUUUUUUUUUUUGUGCAUGCACACAGUAUGAACUCACGUCAGGUGUCACACUGUUAGAAAUGGUGUAGACUGUGCGCCCUCCUGUCUAAACAUGCCACUCAAUUUGAAUGUUAUGGCCUUGAUAUAAGGUUUCAAGCAUGUGGAAAUGUACUGUACACAGUACUUAAAACACAGACAUGUAUUUGUUUUCAGGAACAGCUCCUGAGGUUGUAGGAAAGGCAUGUUGGGGCAAGUUGUGGCUCUGUUAGCAUGCAUGUAUGUGUGUACACAACAGAAAAAACCCCAACAGAGGAACAUCAGUAA